AGGCGGGACGAAGGCGGAACCCACGACGAUUGCUGGCGCCGCCGGCCAGUCGCCGCCCGGUUCGCCCCCCCACGUGGGACGGAAGGCUUUCCCCUCCCGCCGUUGGCGGGUCCGCCCUGCCGCUGGCCAAUCAGAGCGGGAAGGGGAGAGAGGAACAGAAGGGGGAGGGAGAGACGCGCGAGGCGCUCGAGUUUGGCAGUUGGCGGCGGCCGUUGCUCCCCUCGCGCCUCUUCCGUUUGAAAACGAGGGUUGAGCGGCAGGGGGGCUGGCGCGGCCCCGCCCCCGGGCCUGAGCGGACCGGACCGAACCAUGAGCGGGGACGGGGGGAUCCCCCGGACCCCACCACCCUCCCCGGCCGCCAAGCGCCGCCGCCCGGGCCCGCUGCUGAAGGAGACCGAGGCCGCCCAGGCGCUGACCCAGCUGACGGCCUGGGGGGGCCUGGAAACCGCCGGGCGGCAGGGGGCGCCCGCGGCCCAGGGGGACCUGGAAACUGCCGUCACCGGGCUGGCGCCCCCUGCUGGGGAGGGGGGCCUGGAAACUGCCAUCCCCCCGCGGGGCAGCCUAGACACCGCUGGUAGCGGGCAGAGGAGCCUGGAACCCACUGCCCCGCGGGGGAGCCUCGAGGCUGUCGCCAACGGGAAGGGGAGCCCCAAGACCGCCAGCGGCAGGAAGGGGGACCAAGAAACUUCUGAGGGGGAGAUGAGCCCCCAAGGGGCAGCUGGGGUGAAGAGGAGCCUUGAGACUGCCGCUGAACCAGGGAGCCUUGAAACCGAUUCUGCUGAGGAGAAGGGGGUCCUGGAAACUGCUGCCACAACGGCGGGGAGGCUCGACACUGACCCCACUGAGGGGAAGGGGGUCCUGGAAACGACAGCGACAAAGAUGGGCAGGCUCGAGACUGACGCCGCGGAGGGGAAGGGGGUCCUGGAAGCCGCCGCUGCCAAGAUGGGGAGGCUUGACACCACCGCCGCUGAGGGGAAGGGAGGCCUGGAAACUGCCGACGGCCGGGAGGGGCGGAGGAAGAGGAGGGCGGAGGAGGAGUGCUCCAUCAUCUCGGUGGGGGAGGAGGAAGAGGAGGAGGAGGAGGGGGCCGUGGCGGCCCGGCCGGCCCCGGACACGGAGCAGUACCUGGAGGCGCUGGAGGCGGUGCAGCUGGAGCUGGAGGCGGUGAACGAGCAGGCCGGCUGCGCCUUCCGCAUCCUCAAGGCCAAGUUCGGCCACAUGCGCCGGCCCCACCUCGAGCGCCGCAACCUCAUCAUCCAGAACAUCCCCGGCUUCUGGGUCACCGCCGUAUCC